UAAUGCUGAAAUUUGAUUUAUAUCGUAAGUUGCCAUAAGACUUGAUAGAGCCAUCAAAAUCAGGUGCAUUAAUUUCCUUUACAUCAUUGAUUUUGAUGUUUAUAUUAUUUAUUACAGAAUUUUAGGUAAAUCAAAGUCAUAAGGAAAGGAAUAUAUGAUUCAAUAAGUGCAAACAGAGAUGUACGUAGAUUAAAAUAAGGAUGAUACACUUUUAGUUAAUAUGGAUAUUUCAUUUCCUAACAUGCCAUGCGAUUUUAUUAGUAUUGACUAACAAGAUGUGAUUGGGACUCAUUAAUAAAAUGUAAAAGGAGAGUUACUAAAAAAGAGGACGUUAAAUGGAAAAGUGAUUGAUACAUAUGUAUUAUUAAUAAUAAUGUGUGUAGUUAUCAAGUAAUGAGACCUUAAAUUUAGAGAGAGCUUAAAAAGCUUAUGAAUAAAAAGAAGGUUGUGAUUUGAUAGGAUAUAUAAUAAUAAGUAGAGUCCCGGGUAAUUUCCAUAUUUCUGCUCAUCCUUAUGGAGGAUAAGUGAGUAUAGUUUUACCUUUUGUUGAAUAAUCAACAAUAGAUUUAUCACAUUCAAUUAGACACUUGUCAUUUGGAAAUUAAAAUGACAUAUAAAAAAUUAGAGAAAAAUUCAAACAAGGUCUUCUUAAUCCUUUAGAUGGUAUAAGCAGAAUUAAGACAUCAGAACUUAAAAAUGUAGGUGUAACUCAUCAAUAUUAUAUUUCUAUUGUACCAACUAUCUAUGUUGAUAUUGAUAAUAAAGAAUAUUUUGUAAAUUAAUUUACAGCUAACACAAAUGAAGCUUAAACAACAUCUAUGCCUGCUAUUUAUUUUCGUUAUGAUAUAUCACCUGUUACUGUACAAUUUACUAAAUAUUAUGAAACCUUUAAUCAUUUCAUUGUUCAACUUUGUGCAAUUUUAGGGGGAGUUUUUACAAUAGCUGGAAUCAUAGAUUCUAUAUUUUAUGCAUGUAAUAUUUCAUUUAACUUAUUUAAGUAUAGAAAACUAAAGUAGUAUUAGAUUAAUGAGUGUG